AUGGUGUUUGGCAUCGGGUUUUCCUACGGGGUAUUCCAGGACUACUAUACCUCGCUAGAAGGCCCGCUCCACGCCCGCUCCAACUCCCAGGUGGCUCUCGUGGGCACUAUUGGAAAUGCGCUCACCUACACGUUUGGCAUUUUCAACAAGUCACUUAUGAGCCACUUCCGUCCCCGAACCAUCAUGGUGGCCGGAGCCGUGCUCAUGUCGCUGGGUUUGGCGUUGGCCGGCUCCUGUACCCACUUGUACCAGUUCAUCUUGACCCAGGGAGUACUCUUCGGGGUAGGGGCCUCGCUUGUCUACCUUCCACCAGUGGUGUGCGCUCCAAUCUACUUCAACCGCCACCGAGCCAUUGCCAUGGGCGUGCUCUUCAGCGGCACCGGCUUCGGGGGUUUGGCACUCGCCAGCUUGACCAGGCAUCUCCUCUCCCUGCUUGGAUGGCGUUGGUGUCUCCGCACGUUGGGGUUCGCCAAUUUCGCAGUCACUUUGGGUGCAAGUUUUUUGGUAAAACCAGCCCCAGACAUGGCACUUGUCCAGAACAAUCGCCUCUUCAACCUCCACCAGAUGGGAUCAUACCGUGUAUGGCUCCAGCUCCUGGGGUCGCUAUUGCAGUCCGCAGGCUACGUGAUUCCCUUGAUCUAUAUGUCCAAGUAUGCUCAGACUCUUGGAUACUCCCACAGCCAGGGGGCGCUUUUUAUAGGCCUCAACAACGGCAUCAACGCGGUGUUCAAAGUGGUGCUCGGAUUCGGUGGUGAUCGCAUUGGACGCCUCAACAUGAUCGUCAUCUGUAGCGUGGUUAGUGCUGGGUCCAUUUUCGGGCUCUGGAUCGUACAGCUUCGGGGUACCUUCGUGGCGUUCGUGGUGAUGUACGGAGUGUUUUCAGGAGCCAUCAUCAGUCUCUUGCCUACCUGCUUGGUGGACAUUUUUGGCGUGGCCAACUACCAGUCCAUGACAAGCUUGAUGUAUUUUGUGCGGGGCAUAGGCACCAUGGUCGGCUCGCCCAUCGCAGGGUUGUUAGUGAAGGGUGUGGGCGACGAAGCCAGUGAUUACACCCGACUGAUAAUCUACAACGGCGUGUUGCUCGGUUCCAGUACCGUGUGCUUGGGAGGCUUGUGGAUGGCUGAGUACCACAAACGGGCCACUGCCAGGCUAUGA